AUGGCACGGAAUUGCUACCGAAAUAUUAUGUUCUUUCAGCUGUUUGGAUGCUUGGCUUGGUUAACCAUCACGUCCGUUUACGCAGAUGGUCGCGUCUUCCUGUUGGAGACCGCUAACGUGACAAAUGUGGCCAGUGAGGGGUCGGUGCAGGGAGCGUGCGAAUCGCAGGGUGCCCGUCUGGCUUCCGCGGACGAACUGAGACACGCGGUGACUGAAUGUUCCUUCUCAGCCUGCGCCCGUGGGUGGCUGGCUGGCUCCAGCAUCGGGACCACAGUGUGCGGUAGUGUGGGCGGCGGUGUGCAGGCCGUGAAGGUGGUGGACGUGAAGGUGGAAAACGCCACCGCGCUCGCCGGCCAGCUGGACGCGUUCUGUGUCAAAGACAAAGGUGACCCAUGUGGGGACCCGCCCUCCUUCCCGCACACCACCCUGCAGGGGCACACGGGGUUUGAGAUGGGGGACGAGCUGUUGUACACCUGUAUACCGGGCUACGUCAUGCCCAACGGCCAGACCGCCUUCAGCCUGUUGUGCGACAGCUGUGGCGAGUGGUACGGCCUCGUCCAGCUCUGCGUCAAAGAUGAGAAAGAGGCCCACAUCGAUUACGAGGACAAGUUUCCUGACGAGACGCACGUGUCCUUUGAGGAUGCGGAGGAGGAGCAUGAGGAAGACCACGAGGAGGUCCAUCUUGGCGACAGAACGCUUGAGGGACCAGAAGGCGCCGAGCACGAUGGCGUGGACCACGAGGGUGUGGAGCAGGAGGAUGUCACCCAUGUGGGCGUGGUCCAUGUGGACUACGAGGGCUUGGAGCAGGAGGGAGUGGCCCACGAUGGUGUGGACUAUGAGGGCAGGGAGCAGGACGGCCUGGCCCAGGAGGACAUGGAGCAGUACGGUAUGAGUCACGAGGGCGUCGAGCAGGACAGCGUGGUCCAUGAAGGUGUUGACCAGGAGGGCACUGAACAGGAGCCAGGCUACCAGCCUGAGGAAGAGGUGCCUGUGGCUGAGGAGGAGCAGCAGGAGGAGGGAAGAGUGGAAGUGAGCAGGGAGGUGACAGAGGGACAGGUGGAGGAGGUGGAGGACUCUACAGACAGAGUAAGCCAACAGCCCACCACCGUCACAGAUGCCCCGGUGUCCCUGCUGAGCCAGAAGCACCUUUUCUGGUUCCCCUCACAGACGUGGGGAGCGGAAGACACGAGGGAACCAGUCGGCAAAGGGACCGUUAACACCCCUGCCAGGGGCGGCGACCACACCGAGGUGAAGACGUCAGUCGUCGACACUGAGGGCACCACCACCCUACAGCAACCACACGACCUCCCUGUGGGUGUCCCUUCCAAGGAACCACAGAACGACACCAGGGAGGCAGUCGGAGAGUCGGUGGCCAGCAGUGACGAGUCCUGGCUGGACGGGUACCCCAUCACCCAGGAGGCCGAGAUGGACGAGGAAGACGGUGAGAAGGUUGGGGGUGGCUCCACAGAGGCAGAGGGGGAGGAAGAAGGAGAGGAAGAGGAGGAUAUUCGGCAAGCGACGGACAGCCCCAACCACGUAGAGAUUGGCCAGCCCGGCGCCUCUCCUUCAACUCCUUCCACCGACUUCACCCAGAUUGUGGCGUCCCCUACCCGGCCUGUGGAUUACGGCAUCAAACAUGUACCCAUGGUCCUGACGCCCACCUCCGCCCCAGAGAAUGUAAGCAGCAGUGUGGAGGAUGCAGGGCUGGAUAUAACCACCACACCCUCAGUGGUAGAAGAGGCUGACACCACCCCUGUGGCUGCUGCCUUGCCCGACUCCGGCAUCCGGGAUCGCGGGGCCACGGUGGCCCCCACAGCCUUCUGGGGCACCACGGAGAGCCUCUACCCCUUCCUCGACCACCUGCCAGGCCCCACAGAGCAGGAGGAAGUCACCGCCCCCUACCAGGAGCCUCAGGAGAGCGCCACCGGUUCGCCGGACGAGUUUGCGGGAGUCCCCGGCCUGUACGACGAGCGCACGGAGAGCAACCUGACUCACGAGGGGACUGGGGCCAAGCUCCUGCCCACGGAGGAGCCCUGCAUGGGGGACGCGUGCCCCUCAGGGACGGGCAGGGGACCCCUGAUCGCCAUCAUCAUCGUGGCCAUCUGCGCCUUGGUGACGGCCGCCGCGGUGGCUGUCUGGUGCUACAAGAAGAGGCAGCAGAAAAGCUCCGUCUACAAGAUGAAUGGCAAGGGCCAGAGCAGACAUCCCCAGCAGAUCGAGAUGCAGCAGAAGGUUUAA